UGAAUUUUUCAAAUCGAGAAGAGGCGCUCUGUGUUCAGUGGAGAGGAGUCCAACAACACAAGCAAUGCAGAGACCUAACAAAGCGAAGACUCCUCGGAGGCCUGGCCCGAAAAAAGCAUCCAACAUAGAGAAAGAUCCUGUUGGAGUAUACUGUCGUAUACGUCCACUCGGAGCAGAAGAUGAGGAAUGUUGUGUUGAGAUGAUCAGCAGCUCCACAAUUCAGCUCCAUGCUCCCGAUGGCCUUAAAGCCAACCGCAAUGGGGAAUACAAAGAGACACAGUACUCAUUUAAAAAAGUAUUUGGUAUUAAUACCACUCAAAUGGAGCUGUUUGAGGAUGUUGCCAAGCCUCUGAUAGAGGACCUCAUUCAUUGUAAAAAUGGUCUGCUGUUUACGUAUGGUGUUACUGGAAGUGGUAAGACCUUCACCAUGACCGGCUCACCUGGGGAAGGUGGACUCCUCCCCCGCUGUCUAGACAUGCUCUUCAACACCAUCGGCCCCUUUCAGGCCAAACGAUUUGUGUUUAAACCAGAUGACAAAAAUGGGAUGGAGGUCCAAGGUCAAGUUGAUGCUCUCCUGGAGAGACAGAAGCGAGACAGUCAGCAGUCUGUGCCCAAAACGCCAUCCUCCAGACAGAAGGCUGACCCAGAGUUCGCGGAUAUGAUCAACUCAGAGGAGGCGUGCAAAUCUGAGAAUGUGGAUGAAGACUGUUGUUACAGCGUUUUUGUGUCCUACAUUGAGAUCUACAACAACUAUAUCUAUGAUCUCCUCGAAGAUGCUCCCUUUGACCCAAUCAGACCAAAACCACCUCAAUCCAAGAUCCUCCGAGAAGAUCAGAAUCAUAACAUGUACGUGGCCGGCUGCACAGAAGUUGAGGUCAAAUCAACCGAGGAGGCUUUUGAAGUCUUUUGGAAGGGACAAAAGAAAAGGAGGAUAGCCAACACUGAACUUAACCGUGAAUCCAGUCGCUCACACAGCGUGUUCACAGUGAAGUUGGCCCAGGCACCACUUGAUGCUGAUGGGGACCACAUUCUACAGGACAAAAACCAGGUGAAUGUGAGCCAGCUGUGUCUGGUUGACCUGGCUGGCAGUGAGCGCACCAGCAGAACCAGAGCAGAGGGAAGCCGUCUCAGAGAAGCUGGUAACAUCAACCAGUCCUUGAUGACACUGCGCACAUGUAUGGAAGUCCUGCGUGAAAACCAGAUGUGUGGAACUAAUAAGAUGGUGCCAUACAGGGACUCUAAAGUCACACAUCUGUUUAAAAACUACUUUGACGGAGAAGGAAAAGUCAGGAUGAUUGUGUGUGUCAACCCAAAGGCUGAUGAUUAUGACGAAACUAUGCUGGUGAUGCGUUUUGCAGAGAUGACCCAGGAGGUGGAGGUGGCGCGGCCGAUCGACCGGCCGAUCUGUGGCCUUACUGCAGGACGCAGACACAGAAACCGCGUCUUCAAAGAUGAGAUGUCACGUCGCCAGGAAGAACGAGGCCCAAGUAACGCCGAUGACCCAGGUCUCCUGAAUCAGCUCAUGGAAAGCCUUCCAGCCCUGCCUAAUUUUGAGCUGGUGGACCCAGCUGACGAUCAGUCGUUACCCCGCCUGAUUGAAGUCCUGGAAAGGAGGCAUCGUGUCCGUCGGAUGAUGGCAGAGGAGUUCGACAAAACUGCAAAUACACUGAAGUCCAUGUUUCAGCAGUUUGACGGUCAGUUCAAUGCAAAGGAGACGUUCAUCCAUGAUCAACGGAACAAACUGAGCGAGAAAGACAAAGUCAUCAUCAGCCAGAAGGCGGAGCUAGAACGAUUAGAGAAAAAAUCCAAAACGCUGGAAUACAAGGUCGAUAUCCUGCAGAAGACAACGGACAUGUACGAGCAGGACAAGCGUUCCCUUCGGCAUGAGCUGGAGACGAGGGAGCAGCGGCUACAGAGAGAGCAGACGGACAGGAAGCGCAUGGAGCAGCGCAUGCAUGGCAUGGUGACCGACACCAAACACAAGUGGGAGAAGGAGUGUGAGAGGCGAGUGAACGCCAAGCAGCUUGAGAUGCAGAACAAGUUGUGGGUGAAGGAUGAGAAGUUGAAGCAGCUGAAGGCCAUAGUGACGGAGAGCAGCAGCAGCAGCAGCACCGGCUGCGACGGUGGGUUCCCCACUGAACGUCCGGAGAAACCAGAGAGGCCCUCAAGGGAGAGAGAUCACAACAUGGGCCAGAAGAGGUCUGCAUCGCCAUCGCCGCUUCAUGACUUCAACCAAACUCCCUCUCACCAAAAUCGAGUCAAUGUUAGGGCAGUUCAGGACGCUUACCCCGACACCUCCUCCUCCUCCUCCUCCUCCGACACCUCCUCAGCCUAUCCCUCAGUAGCCUCCUGCAUCUCUGAUUGGGAGCACAAGUUCCCCGUAGACUCAAGCGGCCAAGCUAGGCACCCUGGGCACAGGAGCCGGACUCCCGCCCACUGCCACGGCAGCAGCAGCGUGGGUCGCAGGAGAGGCCAGCGCUGGGCCACAGAGACCGAUGCCCCUGCCAUCAAUCUCGUCUAUGGGCUAGACCUAGAGGCAGGCACAAGGACUGCCCCUCCAAUCCACAGGCGCUCACACUCUGCGGGUGGGGAGAAAUGGGUAGACCACAAACCAACUUCUAAUUUGGACCUAGACACUGUCAUGCAGCCAAUCUUACCCAAUGCAAUCAAGGUGUCGACCCCGAAUGAGAAAGCUCUGUCCAAAUGCCACAAGUAUAUGCUAAGGCAUCAAGAGCUUGACUCAGACGGGGAGAUCGAGACCAAAUUGAUCAAGGGCAACGUUUUUAGGACCAGAGGCGGAGGACAGGCUGUGCAGUUCACUGACAUUGAGACACUAAAACAAGAGUGCUCAAGUCGCAAGAGGCGCUCAGGGUCUGGAGAAGGAGCAGCUCAAAUUGAGGACAUAGAAAACAGGGCUCCAGUGGCGAGCACAAGUUCAGGCUUUGGGUAUCAAAAACGCAGAAAGCCUUAAAUUGCUGCAAAUAUGAAAUAACUUUUUUCUUCUUGAAAACAACGGACUAUCGGAACAGUGAAGGGACCGCCAUGUGAAGCUAUGCUUUUUUUUUUUUUUU